UCAAGUUGAGGGCUUGAGAGACUUUUUUGAAAGUUACAAGUGAGAACUGAGAGGAGGGAUUGAGAGAUGACGCCGGGGCUGAUAAACGCGAACCCGGUCGUGCACGCGAAGAAGGAGAGGGUUGCCCGCUCCGAUGAUCCUCACUCCGACGUCGACGCCCUCGACAUCUUCGAUUUUGUGAGGGAUAUUAGGGAUCCAGAGCACCCUUACUCACUGGAGCAGCUCAGUGUACUCUCUGAGGAUUCAAUCACCGUUGACGAGAAGCUCGGCCGCAUCUUAAUUACCUUCACUCCAACUGUUCAACAUUGCAGUAUGGCUACUGUUAUUGGUUUGUGCUUGAGGGUCAAGUUGAUGUGUUGUUUUCCUCCUCAUUUCAAGGUUGACAUCAAUGUCUCUCCUGGGUCUCAUGCAAAUGAAGAAUCAGUUAACAAGCAGUUGAAUGACAAGGAAAGAGUUGCAGCAGCACUGGAAAAUCCCAAUCUUCGGCAAUUUGUGGACGAGUGUCUCUGCUCCAAUGAACUGUAAAACUUCUCGCAAACUUUAGUUUUCUUUCAAACGAACUAGUUGUUCUUGUAUGAUAGUUAUGUUUGGUUUCUUUAAAGUACUUGUUCUUGUAUGUAGGUUCUUGUAUGAUUUUAUGUGCCUGGCUUCUUGUUGUUUCUAAUUUAAAAUAAAGUAUACAUUAAUCUCAUCAAUA